AUGAUUGCCGAUAUGUAUGAGGAAGAGGGCGUCAAGACAUUCCGUGUUCAAACAGAUGUCGGCUUUCACAGUCCUAUGAUGAUCCCACUGGGCAAGCCUUUGAUAGGCGCCCUCCAGGAUGUUUUGCAUCCUACAAAGCCUUCCGUGAAGCUAUAUUCGACCGCUCUUGCAGACCCCCAAAGCCAGGACUUGCGAGAUACCGAGUACUGGAUGAGGAACAUGAUAAACCCGGUCAGACUAACAGAUGCGGUAGAAAGCGCUGUUGAAGAUGGCCACAGAGUAUUCUUGAAGGUGGCAAGUCAUCCUCUCGUUUCGCAUUCGGUAACCGAGACCUUGUUAGAUGGCGAGAUAGAGGAUUUCUUGGUUGCGUCUACUCUGCGAAGGGAUCAACCAGCUGAAAAAAGCCUUGUAAACUGCCUUGGUCAGCUUCAUUGCAGCGGAGUCGAGAUUGACUGGAAGGCGCAAAUGCCAGGUCCUUGGGCUCAAGGCCUACCAACGGGACCAUGGCUACAUCAGCCAACAUUGCCUAAGGUUUCAUCCAAUCUGACAAGCAUGGGAUCACAUGAAACCAACCAGCAUAGCCUCGUUGGACACCGUAUUGCCGUCGCCGGCACUGCUACUGUGGUCUACACCAGUAUUCUCGACAAGGACUCCAAACCUUUCCCUGGAGACCACCCUGUCUCCGGCACUGAGAUUGUGCCUGCAGCUUGUCUUUUGAACACUUUUUUGAAAAGUACAAGAGGAAGACAAUUGCAAAAUAUCUAUUUGAAAGUGCCCUUGGCCAUCGAUGUCCAAAGGACAAUCCAAGUUGUGGUCCAAGGGAACAAAGUGAGGAUCAUGUCUCAACUCAGUCACACAGAACAUGCAGAUGACUGCUCAUGGCUUACUCACACGACUGCAUCAUGGAACGUUACCUCUGCCUUAGAUGAGGAGAAAAUUGACCUGAGCGAGUCGGGAUGUCGAUCCAGAAAGCGGCAGCCAGACAGCUUCACCAUCGACUAUUUGGCCAGUGUCGGAGUGUCAGCUAUGGGUUUCCCUUGGAAGGUGCUUGAGCAUUAUGGUGACUCAUCAGAGAUGAUCGCAAGAGUUGAUGUGGCACCUGGUGUUGAUGUAUUUGACUGGGAUCAAUCGUCUUGGGCACCAUUCUUGGAUGCGGCGACUUCUAUCGGAUCGUGUAUCUUCUUUGAGAAAGCUCGCUUGCGAAUGCCGUCACAGGUUCAGCAAGUCGAUAUUUUCACGAAUCAUAGUCCGCCUAAGCUUGGCUGGGUUCAUGUUCGGAGAAACCCCAGCAGUGAAUCUUGCUCAGAUGUUCGAAUCCUUGAUGACCAGGGCGAUCUGCUCGUCAAAUUUACGUGCAUGCAAUUCUCCGAGAUUGAAGGCACCACGGGCACUAAUAAAACUGUGCGUGGCUUGGUCCACCGAGUUGCUUGGCCUCCAGCUAGGCCAGCGGAAGAGCCUCUCCGAAUUGAACAACUUAUUCUGGUGUCAGGUGAUCCUUCCCUGAUGCAAAAGUAUGCUAGCUCUCUUCCUGGCCAUGUUAAGUUGCUUCAAGUCUCAGGACCAGAUGAGCUCCAGUCCUUCUUAGACAGUACUUUUGCAGAAUCAACGGCUAUUGCAUACAUCCCAGCCGAGGUUGCGUCCUUUGCAGAGGUGUUUGAAGCUACUAAGAAUCAUACCUGUCAACUUCUUCAAAUCAUGAAGUGUGCUGUUCACGCUUCAUCCCCAGUCAAGGUGUUUACUUCGACGACAAAUGUCAUGCAAGGUCAGUCAGCAGCGGCACUUGCAAAUGCUCCAUUGGUCGGUCUCAGCAGAGUGAUUGCAAGUGAACACCCAGACGACUUUGGUGGUCUCAUCGACAGUGAGAACUACGCGGUUCCUCUCACAACAAUAAAGUACAUUCAGGAUGCGGAUGUUAUCCGAGUUCUUGAUGGAGUACCACGAACUGCUAGACUGCGCGCUCUCCCGACAGAUCUUCGAACCCAGCCAAUAUGCCGCUCUCUUCCUCGUCCCCAAGGAACAUACCUCGUAACAGGUGGCAUGGAUGCUCUCGGGCUUGCAACUGCGGAGUUCCUCGCGGAGAAUGGAGCUCAACGACUGGUUUUCCUAUCCCGUCGCUCGCUCCCACCACGGUCAACCUGGAAUAACGUCCAAGUAGACCUACAGCCAAUCAUCGCCAAGAUCCAAGAUCUGGAGCAGCGGGGUGUAUCCGUUCACGCCUUGGCCCUUGAUAUCAGUGCACCUACUGCAACACGCGAGCUACUCAAUGGAUUACAAAGACUUGAUCUUCCACCAGUCGUGGGUGUAGUGCACGCAGCUGGUGUUUUGGAAAAUGAGUUGAUACUGGAGAGCAUACAGACUGCUUUCCAUCGAGUCUUCGCCCCGAAGGUCAAUGGUGCCCUUGUCUUACACGAGGCUUUCCCCCCUGGUACUCUCGACUUCUUUCUGCUAUUCUCCUCCUGUGGGCAAUUGCUCGGAUUUCCGGGUCAAGGAUCGUACGGGAGUGCGAACACCUUCCUCGACACAUUAGCUACCCAUCGUCGACACCUGGGCGAGAAUUCGGUCUCUUUCCAAUGGACAUCCUGGAAGGAAAUGGGCAUGGGAAGUGACUCCGAGUUCGUUGCUGCUGAGCUAGAGGGCAAGGGAAUCACGGAUAUUACACGCAACGAAGCUUUCCAGGCUUGGAAUCAUCUCGCACAGUAUGACUUGGACCAUGGAGUUGUGCUUCGCACCCGCGCAUUGGGUUCAAAUGAGCCGGUUCCAUCUCCUGUUUUGCAGGACAUUGUCACUCGUUCAUUGGAUGUCAACGCGCAAGGCGACGGGUCUUUGAACAGUGAGACCUCCAACACGAUUCCUUCUUCGGGGCCUGAGCUGCGGACAUAUCUAGAUGAGCACAUUCGAUCAUGUGUUGCCAGUGUGCUCCAGCUCUCUCCCAGUGAUGCAGAUUCUAGAGCUGCAAUGAGUGAUCUUGGGUUGGAUUCUGUCAUGAGCGUCGCCUUUAGACGGCAACUUCAGCAGACUUUGAAGAUUCCUGUUCCCCCAACGCUGGCUUGGAACCAUCCUACCGUUAAGCACUUGGUUGAGUGGUUUGUAAAGAAAUUAGACACACAGAAUGUGUGA